CCCCGUCAUUUAAUUUUUUUACUGGGACGUCAUGCUGCACCCUAUAUAUAUUUUUCUAUCCGGAUGUAUAAUCUUAGCUCACGGGUCGAAAGAAUAAUAUAUGUCAUUGUUUUUACUACCUUCAAAUUUUUUAACAACAAGCUACCAAAAAAAAACUGGCCUGGAAGUAAUUUCGCAGCCUUUGUUUAUAUCGAGAGAAGCACAAGACAAAAACAGGUCUCAGAAGAGGUGGACAUAGUGAAGGAGGCUCCAGAAAACAAAGGAGUCUAUGAAAAAUGGGGCGAUGCAGAAUGAGGCACCCUCGUUCCUUGUGAGAACCAGAAAAGAGGCAGCCACGAGGACGGACAAGAGGGCAGCCGAAGGAGGGGGAGGGGGAGGAGGAGGAGAAGGAGGAGGAACACUGGCCACCAGGAGAAGGACAGUAGUGUGGAAGGGAUGGCCAACGGGAACGAGAGCAGUGACAGCCCCGGUAUCCCCCUAACGGCGGCUAUGGCAGCAGGAGGUAUGACCGGUGGGAACACAUCAUCAGCUUUGUCCACCUAUGCCAAGCUUGUCCUUCUUGGGCUGAUCAUAUGCAUCAGCCUAGUGGGCAAUCUUGUGGUCUCCCUGCUUGUUCUGCGGGACAGAUCCUUGCACAAAGCCCCCUAUUACUUCCUCCUGGAUCUCUGUUUGGCAGACACCAUCCGCUCAGCAGUCUGCUUCCCCUUUGUCCUGGUGUCCAUCAAGAACGGCUCUGCUUGGACCUACAGUGUGCUGAGCUGCAAGGUUGUGGCCUUCAUGGCUGUGCUCUUCUGCUUCCACGCUGCCUUUAUGCUGUUCUGCAUAAGUGUCACUCGCUACAUGGCCAUUGCCCACCACCGGUUCUACUCCAAACGCAUGACCUUUUGGACUUGUGUGGCGGUGGUGUGUAUGGUCUGGACCCUGUCAGUGGCUAUGGCAUUUCCACCAGUUUUUGACGUAGGCACCUACAAAUUCAUCCGCGAGGAAGACCAGUGUAUUUUUGAACACCGCUAUUUUAAAGCCAAUGACACCCUGGGCUUCAUGCUGAUGCUGGCUGUACUGAUCCUUGCAACACACGUGGUGUACAUGAAGCUCCUCCUGUUUGAGUACAAGCACCGGAAGAUGAAGCCUGUGCAAAUGGUCCCAGCCAUCAGCCAGAACUGGACUUUCCACGGUCCUGGGGCAACCGGUCAGGCAGCAGCAAAUUGGAUCGCAGGAUUUGGUCGGGGUCCCAUGCCACCCACUCUGCUGGGUAUCCGGCAGAACCUGCACAACCAGAACCGGCGUCUGCUGGGCAUGGAGGAGUUCAAGGCAGAGAAGCGACUUGGCAGGAUGUUCUAUGUGAUCACUUUGUUUUUCCUGGUGCUCUGGUCACCUUACAUUGUGGCCUGCUACUGGCGUGUAUUUGUGAAGGCCUGCACCAUCCCACACCGGUACCUCUCCACAACCGUCUGGAUGAGCUUUGCUCAGGCCGGGGUCAACCCCAUCAUCUGCUUCUUCCUCAACAAGGACCUAAAGAAGGGGCUGCUGGCUCACCUGCCACCCUGCUGUAGGACUACACCUCAACUGCCCCGUGAGCCUUAUUGCGUCAUGUGAGAGAAAAGGGAAUGGGAGAGGGCUGGAGGGAGCAAAAGAGGAACCAUAAAAGACCUUUUGUUGCAUUUGAAAGGAUAGGUGUGGAGAGCAGAUAGAAAACGGAGGAAUGUAGGGUGUCUGUAUCAUGUUGAUGAUUCCUGUUUCUCUCUAUCAAAGGAUAAGCAAAUUCUCAUUAUUUAUAUCCUGUUUUAAAAGUAACAUGGUCAGUUUGUAUGAAAUGUUCUAUACCCAAAGUCCAGCAUGACGUAUAUGUCAUUUUCAGCAAGGCCUGAGGUGUCACACAAAGACAAAUUUUGUUUGGCUGUUAUUGUCUUUGAGAAAUGUAUUAUUGCUACAUUAUCCACUUUGAAUUAAGCUUUUUGGCUGGAUUAAAAAAAGUAGGCGGUUAAACAGAAACGCAAAUACUGUUUAAAGGUGUUCUGAAGUAAAAUCUCUUGGUCUUUUC